UCCCAGAUAUGGCCAGUACACCAUAAUCCAAGAAAACUCCACCAAAGUUACAGAGAGGCCUCCCUUUAAUCGAUCAAGUUCCCAGGAUUCUUUGGAUGACGUUUUGAUGGAAGACUAUUGGACGGAACUAGAAAACAUCAAGAGGUCUAAUGAAAAUCGCCAAGAAAGUCAAGAGGCCGUUGUUGUCAAAGAGCCUGAUGAGGGAGAGCUGGAAGAAGAGUGGCUCAAGGAGGCUGGCUUGUCCAAUCUCUUUGGAGAAUCUCCUGAUGACCCCCAAGAAAGCAUUGCGUUUUUAGCCACACUGACCCGGACUCAAGCGGCAGCCGUUCAGAAACGGGUAGAAACGGUCUCCCAGACCUUGAGGAAGAAAAACAAACAGCACCACAUUCCUGACGUCAGAGACAUAUUUGCUCAACAGAGAGAAGCACAAGAAAAAUCUCCAGGUGGCUCAGAAUCACCGUCAGCCAGAACGAAGGAAAACAAAUGCCAAGGAAAAGAUGACCAGGCAUCAAGUGGGGCUGUUGAUAACAAGGAGCUGAUCCCCCCACGGGUGCCUGAGGAUGCGCCUGCCUCUGAAACAGACAUCAAUCUGGAGGUGUCAUUUGCGGAGCAAGCUGUCAGUCAGAAAGAGCUCAGCAGGGAGAGGAUGCAGAAGAUCAGAGUCAAUGAUGCCUCAUUGCCUAGUUUCAGACUGCCAAAAGAUAAAACUGGUACUACAAGGAUUGGGGACUUGGCACCACAAGACAUGAAGAAAGUUUGUCAUCUAGCCCUGAUUGAACUCACUGCCUUGUAUGAUGUGUUGGGCGUGGAACUCAAACAACAGAAAGCUGUGAAAAUCAAAACAAAAGAUUCUGGUCUUUUUGGUGUUCCAUUAACCAUGUUGUUAGAACAAGAUCAAAGGAAAGCACCGGGAACUCGAAUACCCUUGAUCUUUCAAAAACUGAUUUCUCGAAUUGAAGAAGGCGGUCUAGAAACCGAAGGCCUCCUACGAAUACCAGGAGCUGCCAUGAGAAUCAAGAACCUUUGCCAAGAACUGGAAGCGAAGUUUUAUGAAGGAACUUUCAACUGGGAAAGUGUCAAACAGCAUGAUGCAGCCAGCCUGCUGAAGCUGUUUCUCAGGGAGCUGCCCCAGCCACUGCUGAGUGUGGAGUAUCUCAAAGCCUUCCAGGCGGUCCAGAAUCUUCCAACCAGAAAAGAACAAUUGCAGGCUUUGAACCUCCUUGUCAUCCUUCUACCUGAUGCAAACAGAGACACACUGAAGGCCUUGCUUGAAUUUCUCCAAAGAGUCAUUGACAAUAAAGAGAAGAAUAAAAUGACAGUUGUGAAUGUAGCAAUGGUCAUGGCCCCGAAUCUCUUCAUGUGCCAUACACUAGGUUUGAAGUCCAGUGAACAUCGAGAAUUUGAAAUGGCAGCGGGGACAGCAAAUGUCAUGCACUUAUUGAUUAAGUACCAGAAACUUCUAUGGACAAUUCCUAAGUUUAUUGUAAACCAAGUGAGGAAGCAAAACACUGAAAAUCAAAAAAAGGAAAGGAGAGCCAUGAAGAAAUUGCUGAAGAAAAUGGCUUAUGACCGAGAAAAACAUGAAAAGCAAGAGAAAACUACAAAUGAG